AUGACCCGUUCAUUUUUAAUCAAAGUUCCUGCCUCAAGUGCUAAUAUCGGUCCAGGUUAUGAUGUGCUUGGUGUCGGUUUGGCUCUUUUCUUAGAAUUAGAAGUCACUGUUGAUUCUUCAAAAGCAAGCGAAACAAACAAGGAUCCAAAUAACUGUCUUUUGACUUAUUCGGAAGAUUCUGAAGGGUACGGCAACGUUCCAUUACGCUCUGAUGCCAAUUUAAUCACUAGAACCGCAUUGUAUGUCUUACGUUGUUCUAAUAUCAGAAAAUUCCCAUUAGGUACUAAAGUUCAUGUCCGUAAUCCAAUCCCAUUAGGACGUGGUCUUGGGUCCUCUGGCGCUGCUGUUGUCGCCGGUGUUAUGUUAGGUAACGAAAUUGGUCAAUUGGGAUUUUCUAAACAAAGAAUGCUAGAUUUCUGUUUGAUGAUUGAAAGACAUCCAGAUAACAUCACUGCAGCCAUGAUGGGUAGUUUUUGUGGUUCUUUCCUAAGAGCCUUAACCCCUCACGAAGUAGAAAGACGUGAAAUCCCAUUGGCAGAAGUCUUGCCGGAUCCUUCAGGUGGUGAAGACACAGGUUUAGUUCCACCACUACCACCUACUGAUAUUGGUAGACAUGUGAAAUAUAAUUGGAAUCCAAAAAUUAAAUGUAUUGCUAUUAUCCCACAAUUCGAAUUGUCUACUGCCGAUUCAAGAAGUGUUCUACCAAAGGCAUAUACUACUGAAGAUUUGGUGUUUAAUUUGCAAAGAUUGGCCGUGUUGACUACUGCAUUAACUUUAGAUCCACCAAACCCUGAUUUAAUUUAUCCGGCUAUGCAAGAUCGUGUCCAUCAACCAUAUAGAAAGAUUUUAAUUCCAGGGUUAACUGAAAUUUUACAAAGUGUAGUACCAUCAACUCACAAAGGUUUAUUAGGUAUCUGUUUAUCUGGUGCCGGUCCAACCAUUCUAGCUUUAGCUACAGAAAACUUUGAUGACAUUGCUAAUGAAAUCAUUAACACUUUUGAUAAGAAUGGUGUUCAAUGUACCUGGAAGUUAUUGGAUGUUGCUCGUGAUGGGGCCACAGUUGAACCAUUGCCAGUUAACAACAGUUCUAAUGUUGUCACACAAGAAAAUUUAGAAUAA